CCCAGCGAAGGCUGUGUGGGAAGUUCGUGUCUCGGAGCCAUAGGAUUGCUCUGCGGAGUGUCUGGAGCCUGGUGUGUGCACACAAACUGAUAAAUAGGGAAAGGUCUGGAUUGCUCCAGCUGGAUCAGAGCUGGGAUCAGGGCUGGGAUCAGAGCUGGGAUCGGCGCUGCAGCUCAACGGACUCUCUGGAAGAGAGAAGCUCCCUGGAACUACAGUUGCCAUUUAAAAGCCAACCCCCCAGCAGGGUGAAUGAAGCAGUGCAGCUGGGAGCAGAGCAUGGCCAACACCUUUGUCACCGUCCCCGAUGGGUAUUGUCUCCCCGAGCCCAUCCAGUACUAUGACGUUUUACCGGAGCACAUCAACUACCAGCUGCCAGACACAGAUUUCCAGAGUGCACCUUACUGCCAGUACUCAGCAGUGCCAGUUCCUGCCCCGGCCCUGCAGUCCCAGCCCCCUCUGUCCCCAUAUGCCACAUAUGGCCUGGACCCUCCCUACAGCGACGGGCCCUGCGUCGGCAGCAGCUGCGAGCUGAGCAAACCCCCCUUCGUGGCUCCCCACGUGGAUGACGGGGGGUACCAGGGGUUAAAGAGGCCGAGACUGACCCACUCGGUGAGGCUGAAGGGGCAGGAGGAGCUGUGUGUCGUGUGUGGGGACAAGGCCUCUGGGUACCACUACAACGCCCUGACCUGCGAGGGCUGCAAAGGGUUCUUCCGACGCAGCAUCACCAAGAACGCGGUGUAUCAGUGCAAGAACGGAGGGCACUGUGAGAUGGACAUGUACAUGAGGAGGAAGUGCCAGGAAUGUCGCCUGAAGAAGUGCAAAGCUGUGGGAAUGCUGGCAGAAUGUUUGCUGACUGAAGUCCAGUGCAAGUCAAAGCGACUCAGGAAGAAUUUCAAGCAGAAGAGCAGUUUCCUUUGCAACAUAAAGCUGGAAGAUGAGGGACUGAAUAGUAAGCAUGUAUCAUCUACAACAAGAUCUGGAAAAAUCCCAGAGAAGAUGGAACUUACUCCCGGGGAACAUCAGCUUCUCGACCACAUCGUAGCAGCACACCAAAAAUACACAAUUCCCCUCGAGGAAGCCAAGAAGUUUCUGCAAGAAACUGCAAGUGCUGAGGAGAGUUUUCUCCGGCUCUCUGAGACGGCCGUUGUCCACGUCCAAGUGUUAGUGGAUUUCACAAAAAGACUUCCAGGUAAGUUCCUUCCUUUGGGAAAUAUUACCGAAACCAUACUGAUGGCAUGAGUCCCAGAAAAUUACAGGCUUUAAGAAAAAACGCUUUCAACUGAUUAUUUUUUUCUUCCAACUUACCAUUUACUUGUUGUGAGGACAAACUUAGAAGUUUUCACUUCAAAACCUUGCUGUGAUUGGGUUUCUUUUCCAUUUCUCACAUGGAGUAGAGACAUUUUCUGGAAGCACCAUCUUGAGUGAGUUACACAUUCUCUGAAAUCCAGUUGAGUUUUGCAAUAUAUCAUAAUCAUCAAAAUAAAAACCAGAUGUUCCUUCAAAGGAAAAGGCAGCGCAGAAGGGACUGACCAGGUGCUCCUAUUCAUAUUUUCCUUCAAUAAGGAACAAGGGAACGUGCAAUUAAACCAACUGCAUUUCAAUGUAAAGUUGCCAAAAUGGGAUUUGACAGGGAGGGUGAUAAUUUUUUCGUUGUAAAACUUCCUGACAAGAGUCAAUCACCAUGUCUAAAGCAGGUAUUUGAUGCAAUUUAGCACCACUGUGAGAAAGCUGAAGGAAUGGGUGAGCUCUUUGUUUUUCUCUUUGAUCAGGAUCAAGAAAAAAUUUCUGAAGGUCCUUUGCUCUUGAAUUAUAAGUGCAGAUAAUGAGCUUGUCAAAGGAUGAACACAAAUUUUAAAAAGAUAAUAAUAUGUCAAUGAAUAAGGGGAAUAUACACUAAGCAAUGUAGCAAAUUUAUCAGGUACUCGGCCAUGUGAUA